AUGGCUGCUGGUUAUCCACCGUUCUUUGCUGACCAACCUAUAAAGAUAUACGAGAAAAUCGUCUCGGGCAAAGUACGCUUCCCAUCACAUUUUGGUUCUGACCUAAAAGACCUACUGAGGAACUUGCUACAAGUGGAUCUUACUAAACGAUUUGGCAACCUGAAGAACGGUGUCAACGAUAUCAAAGGACACAUAAGUGGUUUGCAUCAACAGAUUGGAUUGCCGUGUUCCAGAAGAAAAUUGAAGCUCCGUUCAUUCCUAGGUGCAAAGGACCAGGAGACACAAGCAAUUUUGACGAAUACGAGGAAGAAGCAUUGA